AUGGAACCAAGCCACAGUGAAGUGCCCUGGGAAAGAGGUUGUCCAGUCCAUCACUGUCCAAUUGCUGCAUCUCCCAGCUUGGUGAGAGAUCACUUACCUUCUUCCAGCUGCAUGCUUGGACCAAUCUCCACCCAAGCCAAUGGCCAGGUGCCAUCCAGUUCCCAGGAUUCACAUCAGCAUCACUUGUAUUACCAUUGCAACCAGCAAGAGCCUAGAGGCAGCUAUGCUUUGCCCCCACUACCCGGGCAUGGAGAGAGAGCCACCUUGUGUUCUCACCAUUCCAGCGGGGAUCCCUUGCCAGCUCCUCACCAUGAAAACCCUGAAAGUCAUUGGAAACAGUGGUCACAUGACCAGCAUCAAUCACGGACAGUACAGCACCACAUUGUAACAGUCAGACAUGACAAAGGCUUCAGGAUGCCAAAAAGUUAUUCCCAGGUGAUUGCUGAGUGGCCUGUAGCUGUCCUGGUGCUCUGUUCAGUGACAGUUGUGGUUUGUACUUUAGCUGGCCUGCUAGUUGGAAAUUUGCCAGAUUUUGCAGAGCCCUUGAUGGGAUUUGAGCCUCGAGAUACUGACAUUGGCAGAAAGCUCAUUGUCUGGAAGAAUAUGCAAAGCCAUACGGGCUAUAAGAAGGCCCUUUUACUUUCUCCCUAUACUGAGAAGAACAGGUAUGGUGACACAGGCAUUAACAGAGGGCAAAGGACUAUCCAUGGAGAACAGGAAUCAAGGACACGGAGGAUGGUGGAGCAAGACUAUAGAAAAGAUGGUUUCUUUUGUGGCCCCCCAGAAAAGAGUUAUUCCCAGCUGGUAUUUAUGUCCACAACUGCUGGAAGCUUAUGGAACUUGCAAGCUAUUCAGUCCAUGUGUCAAAUUGAACAGGAGAAGAUCCGCUCUCACGUUCAUUUUAAAGAUCUCUGUCAACGUACUGAAGCCAAUGAAUGCUGCCCAAGUUGGUCUCUGGGUAACUAUAUAGCUGUCCUGUACAAUAGGUCUUCUUGUUUGGAGAUAACCCAAGCAGACAUCUCCCACACAUUGAUCCUGCUUCGUUCCUGUGCCCCAGACUACCACAAAGGCAUCCUUACCCCUUCUUGCCUAGGUCCCAGGACUGUGAGAGAGAAACAUUCUCAGUGUGCCAAACUCCCAGAAAAAUGCACCCAAUUCAAUGCUAUUUACCAGCUUCUCCACUUCUUGGUUGACAGAGACUUUCUCAGUCCUCAGACAAUGGAGUAUCAAGUACCAUCACUCAAAUACAGCCUGUUGUUUUUGCCAACAAGAAAAGGUACAUCUAUGAUGAGAAUCUAUCUGGACAACCUUGAAUCAUGGGACCUGUUUGAUAAUUACACAUCAAUUACAGGAAUGGACCUGGGUCUUAAACAAAAGCUUUUCAGGCACUAUCUUUUACUCGAUAACAGGUAUCCAGUCCUGGCCAUAUUAACCAUUUUUCUAAGUAUAUCUUUUUAUUUACGCUCAAUAUUUGUAACUUUUAUGGUCCUUUUGGCUGUUGUUAGUUCUUUGAUGAUAUCGUACUUCUUGUAUAAGGUGGCCUUCCAAUUCACCUACUUCCCUUUUGUAAACUUGACAGCAGUCAUCAUUCUCAGCAGUAUUUGUGCCAAUCACACCUUUGUCUUUUUUGACCUCUGGAGCCUCAACAAAAGCCAAAAUCCUUCUGCUGGCCUCCUGCAGUGGAUGAGACAAACCAUGCACCACUUUGGGUAUCUUAUGCUGACAUCCUGCUUUACAACAGGUGCUGCUUUCUAUGCCAGCUACAUGAGCAAUAUCAUUGCCAUCCGCUGCUUUGCCAUCUACAUGGGUACUUCUGUACUGGUGAAUUUAAUAUUCAUGGUGACUUGGCUCCCUUCCUCCAUUGUGCUGUAUGAACGCUACAUAGCAACAAACUGCAUUUAUAAGCCAGAAGAUUACUGGAACAACAGUGGACACAAGAGAGUCAUUCUCUUUCUUCAUCAUAUAUUCCGUGGCCUUCAAAAUACCUGGUGUGAAACCUCCAAGCUAUUAUUUGAAAAGCUUCUUCCAUGUGGUGUCAUAAAGUUUCGUUAUAUCUGGAUCUGCUGGUUUGCAGCCUUAGCAAUAGGAGGUGCCUAUAUAUCCUGUUUUAACCCUAAGCUAAAACUUCCCACUUUAGAGACACCUUCUGUCCAGGUGUUUAGGCUAAGCCACCCCUUUGAGAGAUAUGAUGCCGAAUACUGUCACCAGUUCAUGUUUGAAAGGUUGGAGCAUGGAGAAGGACAACACAUGCCCAUCACUAUAGUCUGGGGAAUACUGCCUGUGGACAAUGGGGAUCAUUUCAAUCCAAAGAGCAAUGGCACACUGGUGGUAGACACGACAUUUACAAUCCAGAAGCCUGAAGCUCAGAAGUGGCUCCUGGAAUUCUGCCAAAAUGUGAAGAAUCAAACGUUCUAUUAUCCAGACCUUGAGCAAAAGUCCACAGUGUGUUUCAUGGAGGAGUUUCUCAGGUGGAUGGAUAGUCGACAGUGCUCCCAAAGAGACCACAGCUUCAACCUCUGCUGUAACCAUUUCACUUUCCCAUACCGAAGCGAAGUCUUCCUGCACUGCAUAAAAAUUAUGAUCAUGGAACAAGGCAGAGGGGAGGAUGAAACAUAUGACCUCGGCCUCAGAUUUGAUGGAGAGGGAAACCUAGCUGCCAUGGUGCUACAGUUUCAAACUAUUUACCACUACAGCUUCAACUACAGUGAAGCCAAACGAUUCUACAAUGAAAUUGAUCUCUGGAUAACAGAGGAAAUGAAGACUGCCCCUGUGGGGCUUCAGAAUGGAUGGUUCACUAGUAAACUCGAGCUAUAUAAUCUCCAAAACAGUCUUAGCACAGAGACAAUGGUGGUUAUGGGGCUGUCCAUAGCCAUCUCGUUUGUAGUGCUGUUGCUCACCACUUGGAAUGUUCUUCUUAGUAUAUUCUCUGUUAUGGCUAUCACAGGCACUGUACUGGUAACUGUUGGGCUUUUGGUCCUAUUGGAAUGGCAGCUCAAUGCAGUGGAGUCUCUCUUCAUUUCAGCAGCAGUGGGCCUCUCCACUGACUUUACAGUGAACUACUGUAUUUCCUACCACUUGUGCCCUCACUCUGAUCGUCUGAGCCGAGUGGCCUUCUCUCUGAAGCAGAUGAGCUGUGCCACUGCCAUGGCUGCCUCCGCUUUGUUUUCUGCGGGUAUCAUAAUGUUGCCUGCAACAGUGCUGGCAUACAGGAAGCUGGGGAUUUUCAUAAUGAUGAUCAAGUGUAUCAGCUGUGGAUUUGCCAGUUUUUUUUUCCAGUCUCUCUGUUGCUUCUUUGGCCCAGAGAAGAACUGUGGUCAGAUCCUCUGGCCUUGUGCCCAUGCCCUCAAAGACUACUCUGAUGACACUAGGCUGAAUGGCAGCUUUGCCUGUGGUAGAAGUGAGAAUCCAAACAGAUUACGGAAGGUGCAGGAGUCCAACACUGCAAAUGAGCAGUAUGAACUCCAGCCCUUGGCCAGAAAACUGAGUGACAGUUUUGACAACAGCACUUCCACAAGUAAGUUGUCCAACCGUCCUUCAGUCCUGUCCGAGGACAUGCAGCUUGAAGAUAGUAGAUGUCCCAAGAUGGGAAUUCAUCCUUCUCUGGAAAGAGAUAGACAAAAUAUGCAGGAGCCCCUUGAAAACCAACAAGUAGGUCUUUGUCAGUGUCCAGCCUUGCAAACAUCUUCUCCUUACAAGCAUAGCAGCUCAGGAGCAGAAGCAGAAAUUCAUAGAGAGAGACUUUGCAGAGAUUGCAGAUGUCAAAAAUAUGGUCCAAAGGCUUGGGAUGCAUCCAUACAGGACCGUCAUCCAGCCAACAUGAAAAAUGAAGGGCAGCUAAAUAAACCCCAGUGCUCUGGUGAUGCUGCUCAACAACAAUCAGACUAUACCUCAGAAAACAGUAAUCUGCCUGCAGCUGAAAUUUAUAAACUUCACAGAUGCCUUUGUUCUCCUGGCAGCAAUUUCAACAUGCUCAAUAUCUCCAGUGAGACAUCUAUUAGUGAUUUUGAGCAGAGCAUAAAACUUAAUGAAUCAGCCAGUUCUUGCCCUGAUGUCUUAGAGAUAUCUGAUUCCUGUAGUCAAACAGAGAGGGGUAACCUGAAUGGGAAGAGAGAGACCCUGAGAUUGGACCUGAAAGAGACUGUUUUUGACAUAUCUCCACCAGCAUCGCAGCAAAACAGCUCUUCAUGGAAAAAUCGAUUGGGAUUAGGAAGUGAAGGUCUGGUUGUCCUACCAAAUAGCCAACCAGACAUGCCUGAUGUUUGGAUCAGGCGAUCCAGUGUACAAAAUUCUAGUUAGAGCAGCUGAAAUCUCAGAGAAAACAGUACUCUUAUUAUAGGGCAAAAGGGAAAGAAAACUCUCCUAUCUGAUGUGUAAAUAUCAAAUCUUACCUCCCACUCCUGUUUGAGCUGGGAAUAUUUCCAUAUAUUUCAGCUGUGAAGAUACUUACAUUUUCACAGAACCAGCAAAUCUGAUAUUGAAGAGCUGAGAGGCAGAAAUGAAUCUUAACGCAGUGCAAGCUCUUUGGCCUUCCAGUGGGCCAUGCCACAUCCACAACAGAACCAUGAGAUUCAGCAAGUCAAUCUUGUUUGCCAUUCUCUGUACAAUAAUUAAUUGUUUUAUUGUCAAGUCUAAACAGAAAGUUAAUAAUGAUGAGAUAUGCAUAUUGCUGUAUACUGAAAAAAAAAGAGAGAAAUCCUCAAGUCCAUAAUUGUUACUAACGGGAAUCUGGCUAAUGACCAGUGUUGACUAAACAAAUUCCUUUCUGUUGAAAUAGAUCUCUGUUUUUAUCAGUCACCUAGGUCUACAAACCUCUACAAAAAAAUUGUAUUCAGGUGUUUUCAGAUGUCCAGUCAAUGGGUGUUUUUUAACUGGCAUGGUCUGUUACUUAUCAAUAAGAAUAUGUAAUGUAGCCCCAAAGAGAUUUCAAACUGGAAUUUCAUCUGGUUUUAUUUUAGGGAAUUCCUUCAGAUACUGUUUAAAAUUUUCAGUGUGGAAUUUUUUCCUGACAAAAAGCCAUGUCCCCAUCCCCUUUGUGACCUGGGAAGUUUGCUUU